ACCUGCAACAAUAUUAUUUGACAUCACUUUCAUACACACACAUACACACAUACAUUAUUUAUUAUUCUCUGGACUCGACAAAAACGAUUAAGUGUAACAAUAUUGUCUGUCAAUUGAAUAGUGGUUAACAAUAUUCAAUAGGGUAGUAGAUGGUAAUUUCGUAAUGUGUGAAGACGUCACUGAUAACGUAUUAAACAUGUCAUCAUUACCACCACCACCAUCAUCAACUAGUGAAAUUUAUUAAUUACUCCAAUUUCGGUUGGUUUAAUUUAAAGAUUGUCAAAAAGAUAGUUUAUUCACUUGAAUUGAAAUUCCUCUUGUGUGUGGGUUUAAAAAAUGGGACGGUCAACAAUAGUGAUGGUGUAAUGCCAGUUAACGUUGAUAUUAAAUAAAUAUAAGUGUACAUAACAAAUUGAUAAGUGUCACUAGUUUAAUUAUUCAUUUGAAUGUACAAAAAUAAUUAUUAGCAGAAUGUCAUCUGUAAUACGGUUCGUUGAUGAUACCUGUUUCAUCUGAGCGAGCAAGUGCUUCAUGGAAGAGUGUUUUUGAACGGUGCUUCAUCCUAGAAAAAUUAUAAGAUUUUUAGUACUAUAGCUACAAAGAAAUAAAAAUAAAGCAUCACAAUUCAACGAUCCACUUAAAAGAUUUAUUGAGUUGCAGAAAAUAUAAGGACUUUAAAAUGGAUCAAGAAACAGUAUAUGGAACCCAUGAGGAUAAUCAUGUGGUGAUGUCUGAAAAAGUUCAGUCAUUAGCUGGAAGUAUUUAUCAAGAAUUUGAAAGGAUGAUAGCUCGAUAUGAUGAAGAUGUUGUAAAAGAGUUGAUGCCAUUACUAGUCAAUGUAUUAGAGUGUUUAGAUAUAGCGUAUACUGAAAAUCAAGAGCAUGAAGUUGAAUUGGAAUUAUUGAGAGAAGACAAUGAACAAUUAGUCACUCAGUAUGAACGAGAAAAACAGCUACGGAAAGCAUCGGAUCAGAAACUGUUGGAGCUCGAAGAUGUUGCUGAAGAUGAACGAAAGGAGUUGCUAUCGAAGAUUGAUAGUUUGGAAUCAAUACUAAAAAUGUUGGAGCUCAAGACUAAAAAUUCACAUGAUCAUGGUACAAUUGCAAAUACCACUUCGUGUUACUGCCCCCACAGAGCACAAUGCCACAUUGUUCGCUUGGAAGAAAAAGAAGCUGAAUUAAAACGUGAAUAUUCACGUUUACAUGAUCGAUAUACGGAACUAUUCAAAACCCACGUCGAUUAUAUGGAACGAACAAAAAUGUUAGUCGGUAGCUCGGAAAGACUCGAAAAUUCAACAAAUAAUCGUGGUCCAAAUAGAUUACCUGGGCUUAAUUUAGCUAAUAUGUCACGAAGCUCUGGACCUUUAAGUUAUGGAUUUCAGAGUUUAGAAGGUAGUAUGAAUGCUGAAGAUAUACAGGAAGAAAGUCCCACACAAGGUACUAGUUUAAAAUCUGAAAUGCAAGACAGUAGUAGUGAGGCGGUCAUCGAAACUUCAGAUAAAAGUCAACUGACGGACAAUCCAACUCAAGAUAAUCAAGUACCGAGUUUAUCACGACCAUACAUUGACGAAAGUCCAGAAACUGAUGUUCCACCUCCUGCAAUAACAACUCCAACAACCCCAAUUAUAGAUAAGCAAGUAAGUACUCCUAGUGGACGAAGUCGAACUGAACGAGAGCAACGUAGUGGUAAUACGCUGUAUCAAGAGCUCAGUUUCCAAGAUGCUGACGCUUUAGGAGAAAUGGACGAAGGUGCAGACAUUACUGGCAGUUGGGUUCAUCCAGGGGAAUAUGCAUCAUCGGUUAAUGAUAACUUUUUUGGAAUGGGAAAAGAAGUUGAAAAUCUUAUUAUGGAAAAUAAUGAACUCUUAGCGACAAAGAAUGCUUUGAAUAUUGUAAAAGACGAUUUGAUAGUCAAAGUAGACGAAUUGACAAGUGAACAAGAAAUUUUACGUGACGAAAUAAGAGUUCAUCAACAAGCUCGUGAACGACUACGCCAAAAAAUAGCGACAUUGGAAGAAGAAUUGAAGAAAGUUAAAGAGGAAGCUGAAGCUGCUGCAAAAGCGACCAAAAGUGACGAUGAAGAAGACGUACCAUUAGCACAAAGGAAAAGAUUCACCCGAGUUGAGAUGGCGAGAGUACUUAUGGAAAGAAAUCAAUAUAAAGAACGAUUUAUGGAGCUUCAGGAAGCUGUUAGAUGGACUGAAAUGAUUCGAGCUAGCAAAACAGACCCAGCUAGUAUUUCUGGUGGAAAACAAUCUGUUUGGAAGUUUUUUAGUAAUCUCUUUACCGGACCAGCUGAUCGGGGGUCUUUACAUCGAAAUCCUCAUGCAUUGCCUCAUAUUCGAUAUAGCGCUCCAACUAAUCAAGUUGUACCAGCUCCACCAUUAGAUGCAAUGCGUAGACGUACACUAAAAAAUCGUCAUGAGAUUUUUGACCAAGGAGAUACAAUUAGACAUUUCAGCUCAUCAGAAAAACGAGUGGCCAGACUUGCAAACGAAAGGAAAGAACAAUAUCGACAAGUUAGGGCACACGUGAGAAAAGAAGAUGGCCGAUUGCAAGCUUAUGGAUGGAGUUUGCCUGGAAAACCUAGUGCACCUGCUAGACAGCCAGUUCCAGUUCCUGUUUAUUGUCGUCCACUUCAAGAAACUGAACCGGGAAUGAAGAUAUGGUGUGGGGCUGGAGUUAACUUAAGUGGUGGCAAAACCCGUGAUGGUGGAUUAGCUGUCGGUGGAAGUGUUUUUUAUGCUGACGAAGCUAAAGAAACAUCAGUAGUAAAAGGAGAGGUUGAGGAUGCUGUUGAACAUCUGGACAAAGAACUACAGGAAUCUGAACAACGUCGCUUGGAAGCUGAACACCAAGAUCAACAAUUAAGUUCUCUUGUAUGGAUCUGCACUUCAACUCAAAAAAUGUCCAAAGUAUCUGUGAUAGAUGCUAAUAAUCCAGCAGAUAUUUUACAAGUGUUUAAUGUUUGUCAGAGUCAUUUGCUCUGCAUUGCAAGUGUACCUGGUGCCAAACAAAGCGAUUAUAUUCAUAAUACAGAUGACUGUUCACCUCGAACAAUGAAUGGAAUGGGUGAAAUAGAUCUUGGUAAUCUUAAAAAUGCCAAUCAUAACAGUGAUAAUUUAAUUAUUGGAGAAGCUACAACGAAUAGUGACACUAAAAACUGUCAGAAAACAGAAGACUUUAUUGAUCGCAGCCAAGCAACCUCUGAAGGACCUAGUUCUUUGGAAGAAAAACCGAGCGAUGAUUCUGAAAAAAUUACUGACAUUGAUCAUAGUUUAAAUACUGAACCUCAAAGUUUAGAAGCAACUGAUGGUGAAUCAGUACUUAUAGGUAAAAUACACUUUGUUCAAAGUAGUAUUGACAAUCCGUCAAUUAAAAAAGAAAUAGAUUCAAAUGUGCCGAAAGCCAACGUUGAUAGUGAUACAACUAUUGAAAAAAUGUCAUCAAUCCAACCUACUAUGUGGUUAGGAGCUCAAAACGGAGCUAUUUAUGUUCACUCAGCAGUUACUCAAUGGUCUGUCUGUUUGCAUACAGUAAUGCUCAAGGAUGCAGUGUUGGGAAUAGUUCACAUACAAGGUAGAGUGCUAGUAGCUCUUGCUGAUGGAACAGUGGUAAUAUUUCGACGAGGAUCUGAUGGGCAAUGGGAUUUAUCCAAAUAUCAUGUUAUAACUUUAGGAAGUCCACAACAUGCAAUUAGAUGCAUGACAUCUGUAUCAGGAAAAACAGUUUGGUGUGGAUAUAGAAAUAAAAUUCAUGUAAUUGAUCCAGUCCUCAUGACUCUCGAGUGUACCGUUGACGCACACCCAAGACGAGAAUCACAAGUCCGACAAUUAGCUUGGCUUGGUGAAGGUGUCUGGGUUAGCAUAAGAUUAGACUCUACAUUAAGAUUAUAUCAUGCUCAUACGUAUCAACAUCUUCAAGACGUAGACAUUGAACCGUAUGUCAGUAAAAUGCUUGGUACUGGAAAACUUGGUUUUUCUUUUGUUAGAAUCACCGCAUUGCUUAUUUCCUCUAACCGACUGUGGAUUGGAACGGGCAAUGGUGUAAUCAUAUCUGUACCAUUAUCUGAAAGUGCUGGAGGAUCUUUAGCAGUAUCUAGAGUACAAAGUGUGGGAAGUAAAAGUGAUGCGCCUGGAGUUGGAGUAAGGGUAUUCGCGUCAGAGCAUGGGGUAACACCAGGAAGUUUUGUACCAUAUUGCAGUAUGGCACAUGCUCAACUCAGCUUCCAUGGACAUCGAGACGCGGUCAAAAUGUUUGUUGCUGUCCCUGGGCACGGAGGUCAAAGUGCUGUUUCAGAUGGUUCUCAACCAGCAAUGUUAGUUUUAUCAGGUGGUGAAGGCUACAUUGAUUUUCGUGUUGGUGAUGGUGAUGAAACUGAAGAAGGUUUGGAGCGUACAAAUGUUACAGUCGCUAGUCAUGAAGAACACAGUGAACAAAGUCAUCUUAUUGUUUGGCAAGUUCAAUCGCCUAUUCAAAUAAAUGGCUAAAUUUAUUGUGGUUGUUGAGAUUCAAUAUUUCAAACGGUGCAUACCUUAAAAUAAUUUAUAAAAACAUAAUUAAAUAUUAAAAAAAAUUUGGAUUAACGGUCAAGUAAUUAAUAACUUAAUGAAAAUAAAUUCUUUAAAUGCCGGAAUAAUAUUAUACACUAUCCAAUUUGUUCAAUUAUUGUAGACACGGUUACUAUAAGAUGAAUGUAGAUUAUGACACCAAAGUAUGACAAUGAUGGGGCUUGAUUAUUUAUUUUUAAUUGAUAAAAAAAUUAAAUUCAAA